AAUAAAGCGUCGGUGGGUGUUAGAGAACACUCACAAUUAAACACUGUACUACUUAAGCAGAAAUCCUAUCACUUUCUUUCCUAUUUUAUAAUUCUUCCCCAAUUUUAUCUCUUACGUUUCCCCCUUCUUCAGAUUCAAAACCCUUAUUUCUCCUUUUUCUUCUUCAAUUCGAUCCAAUUUCAAUUCAUCUUUUCUCUCUCUCUUUCGACUCUUUACUCCAAUCGUAAUUGCUCUUCAAUUUGAGAGAGAAUUCAGAGAGAUUGUUAGAACGAAAAUGGAGAAAUCGAAGGUCACGUUAAUGGUGACCGUUUUAAUUCUAAUGUUUUCUGGUGUGAUUCAAGUGAGAUCCGACGCUUCUGAUCACCGGUUUAAAGCUGGUGAAGCAGUUCCACUUUACGCUAAUAAAGUUGGCCCUUUUCAUAACCCUAGUGAGACAUACCGGUAUUUUGAUCUUCCAUUCUGUGCCCCAGAUCAUGUGAAGGAGAAGAAGGAAGCACUUGGUGAAGUCCUGAAUGGAGAUCGUUUAGUGAGUGCUCCAUACAAACUUGAUUUUCUAGUAGAUAAGGAUUCUGAAGUUAUUUGCAAGAAGAAAAUGUCAAAGGAAGAAGUAGCAAAGUUCAGGGAUGCAGUAUCAAAGGAUUACUACUUCCAGAUGUAUUAUGAUGAUCUACCUAUAUGGGGUUUCCUUGGUAAGGCUGACAAGGAAGGCAAAAUGGACCCCAGUGAGCACAAAUAUUAUCUGUACAAGCAUAUUCAUUUUGACAUCUUUUACAACAAGGAUCGCGUUAUUGAAAUCAAUGUUCGAACUGAUCCCAACUCCUUGGUGGACAUCACUGAGGAUAAAGAUGUCGAUGUAGAAUUUAUGUACUCAGUGAAGUGGAAGGAGACAAACACCCCUUUCGAGAAGAGGAUGGAUAAAUAUUCACAAUCAUCUUCCCUUCCUCACCAUCUAGAGAUCCACUGGUUCUCCAUCAUCAACUCAUGUGUUACUGUACUACUCCUGACUGGAUUUCUUGCCACCAUUCUCAUGCGUGUUCUCAAGAAUGAUUUUGUCAAGUAUGCACAUGAUGAGGAAACAGCUGAAGAUCAGGAAGAAACUGGAUGGAAAUAUAUUCAUGGAGAUGUAUUUAGGUUUCCAAAGUAUAAAUCUCUGCUUGCAGCUUCUCUGGGAUCUGGCACUCAGUUGUUUACCCUCACUAUUUUCAUAUUUUUACUUGCUUUAGUGGGAGUGUUUUACCCGUAUAAUCGUGGAGCUCUGUUCACUGCUCUCGUUGUCAUAUAUGCUCUCACAUCUGGUAUUGCUGGAUACACUGCCACCUCCUUUUAUUGUCAGCUGGAAGGAACAAACUGGGUAAGGAACCUCUUGUUAACAGGUUGCCUGUUCUGUGGGCCUCUGUUUCUGACCUUCUGUUUCCUGAACACAGUAGCAAUUGCAUAUACUGCUACUGCAGCUCUUCCUUUCGGUACCAUUGUGGUCAUUCUUCUUAUCUGGACACUUGUGACUUCACCAUUGCUUGUUUUGGGUGGAAUUGCUGGUAAGAAUAGCAAGACUGAGUUCCAAGCUCCUUGCCGUACGACAAAGUACCCCAGAGAAAUUCCACCACUACCAUGGUACAGGGGAACUCUUCCUCAGAUGGCAAUGGCUGGAUUUUUGCCCUUCAGUGCUAUAUACAUAGAGCUCUACUACAUCUUUGCCAGUGUCUGGGGCCACAGGAUUUACACUAUAUACAGCAUCUUGUUCAUUGUAUUCAUUAUUUUGAUCAUAGUUACUGCUUUCAUCACUGUGGCAUUGACAUACUUCCAACUUGCUGCUGAAGAUCACGAGUGGUGGUGGAGGUCCUUCCUCUGUGGUGGUUCAACGGGUCUUUUUAUCUAUGGAUAUUGCUUGUACUACUACUAUGCACGCUCUGAUAUGACUGGUUUCAUGCAAACAUCAUUUUUCUUCGGCUACAUGGCUUGCAUUUGCUAUGGCUUCUUCCUCAUGCUUGGAACUGUUGGUUUCCGUGCUUCACUUCUUUUCGUCCGCCAUAUUUAUCGCUCUAUCAAGUGUGAGUAGGUAAAACAGUGUCAUUCAGGUCAGUGCCUAAAGUUCUGGUGUUGUCGCCGAUGCCUAAUCUUGUUAGAGGGAAGAAAGUUGGUAUUUUUAUGAACUUGCUCCGCACUUCUGCCGUUGCUAUACCACACACAAUAUCUAAUUGCGCAGCUCUGUUCCUUGAAAGCGUUACCCAAGAGAAGUCCCAAUUCAGGAAGUUUAUGUCAUGUAAUCGAAUAUCAAUAUUGUAUUAAUUUUAGAGAAUUUUUUACAUUUAAUUGCAGCAAUAUCUGAAUUUUUCCUUCACUUGGUCUUCUCGUUAUUAUACCCUCGAGUCUUUAUAUGCUUAAUUGUGUUAGUUUAGGCGAACAAUGAACAUUAAUAGAAGAUUGAAGAUAUCUGCUUUCGUUA